AUGCUGAAGUGCAGAAUGAUCCCAAGCGGCAUACAAGCCGGAGCUGUAUGUCAAGACUUGCCACAAUUUAAUGCCUGGCAGUUGCUACGGAGAUUGCGUGCAUGUUGGCUCGCAGACUUGGCGGAGCCAAAGCACAUGCCAGGUCGGAACGGCACUUCUUUUGGAUAUGGUGUCGCACUUUGUUCAAAGCCUCCACGCAUCACGAGCGAGGGAUUCAUGGAACAGCUGCAAAAAGACCUGCAGUUUCCGAGCACUGUGGCUUUGGCAUCACGGUUGGACAAGGGAGCGUCCGGAGUCCUUCCAGUGGCAUGGUCAGAACCAGCCCGACAUUGGUUACAGGCGCAGUUCGCGUCUCGCCUGGUAGAGAAGGAGUACUUGUGCCUUUGCGAAGGAGACCCUUUGGACAGUGGGGAGAUACACGCCCCUUUGCUACAAGAGUCGAAAGGUGUGCACACGAGAAUGGUAGUAUCUGAAGACGGACAAGAUGCUCACACUCAGUAUGUUGUAACUCAACGUUUCCGCUCCCCUGAUCCAAGUUCUCAGGAGUUGCAGAUGAUGCUCGUUCGGGUGAAGACCACUACAGGACGCACGCAUCAGAUACGUGUGCACAUGGCAAGCAUUGGGCGACCGCUGCUGGGAGAUAACAUGUACGGAGCAGGCCAUGUGUUGCCUUUGCACAAUGUG